AUGCUCGAGUCCGCAGCGACCUCGCUGGCCUCGGUGCUCGUCCUGGCCGUGGGCUUCGCGUCUGCCGCCUACGCGUACCACCGUCUGUACAAGAUGCUGCAGCUGCGCAAGAUGGCUAAUGCCUUUGAGCCGGGCGAUCCCGUGCUGGACCUCGCAGCCAUGGGGAAGGGCAUCUACACCAAGAGGGAAAGGGAGAACAAGAAGAACAAGGGACAGAACCACGGCAGUGAGGACGAAGACGAGGACCACUGGGUAGAGAGGCCCGAGCAGGCCAAAGUAGACGGCAUCGUGGCAGGCCAGGAAAAGGGCCACUACCACCUCCUUCUCGGCGAAAAGGGCACAGGCAAGUCCAGCAUGCUCAUCGAGGCGAUGCGCAAGAUCGACGGUGAGGGCGUGGCCAUGUUCGAGGCGCACUCGGAUCUCGAGAUCUUCCGCAUCCGCCUGGGCAAGGCCCUUGACUAUGAGUUCCACGAGGACUACAUAGGGGGCUACUUCAGCGAAAAGGGCCCGCGCGACACCACCGCCCUGCUGGACAUUGAGCGCGCACUCAACAAGCUCGAGAAGGUCGCCCUGCAACGCCGUGCGCGUGUGGGGCGGCCGCUGGUCAUGAUCGUGAACCAGAUGCACCUUGUGCGCGACGACGAGGACGGCCGUGACCUGAUCGAGCUGCUGCAGCAGAGGGCGGAGCAGUGGGCCGCGUCGAACCUCGUCACCAUGGUCUUCAACAGUGAUGACUAUUGGGUCUAUGAGCGCCUGAAGCUGCUCGCCACCCGUAUGGAGGUCACCAGCGUGUCUGACCUGCCCAAGUCGGCGGCCACAUCGGCCUUGAGAAGAUAUCGCGCCCGCUACUUCAACGAGAUACUGCCUGAGGAUCUAGCCGCACAAGUCUAUGACCGCGUCGGUGGUCGUCUCUCGUUCCUGAACCGCGUGGCCAAGAGUCGUGACAUGCUCGAGACGUGCGAGCAGAUCAAGGAGGUCGAGAAGACGUAUUUUCUGAACCAGUGCUGGAUCCUGGGCGAAGAGAUGGACGACGAUGUCAUGGACCAGCAGAAGUGGGCGGCCGCAGCGAUGGUCCUAGCCCUCGCGCUUGUUGACCUCGAGGAGUCCUCUCCCCCAGGCCUCACUCACCCAGCCACCCCAAUGCCCUUGGAAACCUAUGACCCCGUCGUAGGCCACCGCCUCCCUUCGUUCCCGAUGCACAUCGCCCAGCAGAUCCAGACCCGCGCCGACUUCGUGCGCGAGCUCGACCGCAUGAACCUCUUCACCAUCACCUCGGCCGCCCAAAUGCGUGCCUCCAGCGUGCCCAUGCACAGGGCCUUUCGCGAGAUUUGCAUGCAGCCCGGGUUCAGGGAGCACCUGGAGGCUACCAAUGACCGCAUUUCUGCCAUUGAGAGCCUGGGCCGGACGAGAGAGGUGGUGGCCAAGGAUCUGGUGCUGGGCGGGCGGUAUGAGAUUGCUAGGGAGAGGGAGGGGAGGGGGGAGAAGCUCGUUGUGGGGCUGAGACAGCCUCCUGAGGAGAAGGACGACGACGACAAUGAUCAAGGGAAAGGACGAUGA